CCUUCCUGAGACUGUCCGCCACGAAAUUGCGCCAGUCACGCUAGUGACGUAAUUGCCAAUUGGUCUGGCUGGAAUUGAGCAGCUACAUUGCUCGGCAUCCGUCUGCUUGUAUCUAUCCCGUCUCUUGCCAGAGAAGCCCAUCGCCAUGCCCACGUACGUCAAGAGCCCCACAGUGGACUCUGUAGAGAAGACUGCGGAGAGAGAGGUCAAAAAAGUGGAGAAGGAGGCUGACAAUGUUGUUCAAGAUAUGGUAGAACAAGAUGUCGACUCAACGGACUCUAGUGUACGAUAUGCUGCCUAUCUUCGUCGAGUUCGAGAUAUAGUCCAUGCGGGUUCUAGAUACACCGCGUACACAAGCGAUGUUGGAGAAGCAUUUAGACCUGUCGUCCCACCGAUCGUUGUCACGGCUGCUUACGGUAUCUCUUGGGCAUAUCUUAUCGGAGACGUGGGAUUCACGACGUACAAAUCGUCUCAACUUGGACCCUCUCCCUUAGAAGCAGUAAACAUGUCUGAACCGACACGCCUGGGUCUAGUGGCCGUCAAGCGGUCGGUGUUUCAGGGAAUAGCUUCCAUGGCGCUUCCAGCCUUUACCAUCCACUCUUCUGUCAAAUUCGCCGGAAGACAAUUCGCAAAGGCUUCGAAUCCAACUCUCAGGAGAUGGGGUCCGACAGUGGUGGGAAUCAGUAUCGUCCCUGCUCUACCAUACUUAUUCGAUCAUCCGGUGGAGACUGCAGUGGACAUGGGCUUUGACAAAAUUGAAGAGAUGUUCUUCAGGAAAUCUCCGGGAUCACCAUCAGGCAAGACAGAACUCUAGUGUAUCGCGUCAAAGUGGUACAACCUGAUUGCCAUCUGCCAGAACACACUGAGGGGGAAAUGUCACAGAAAGUCUAAGCUCGUGUCGCCACUGUCCACAGCUUGAGGUGGCGCUCGGAAUCGAUUCUGUAGUCAAUUCUCGUAUGCGUAUGCUGUCACCCUAAGCCGGGAACAUCCUUACUACGCCUCUCGACACUCUCGACGUAUCCGCAAA